AUGGAUGAGUUUAGCCAUUCAGGGCCAUCACAUCUCAGGCGCAUUGACUGGGACGAUGCGUAUCACUGCAGAGCUGUUGUUGCAAGCUUAGUUAAUGGAGUUUACGUGAUGGAAAGGGAUCGCCAGAGGGGACGGCAGGGAUCCCAGGCUCUCGCUCCGCCAUGGUGGGAGUUCUUCCAUUUCCAGUUAUGUCACGUUUUAGUAGAUGAGGUUGAUUCCACUAUCUUUGGCGCCGUUUACAAAUUCGUGCUUCCUGAUCGGGCAAGAAAUGCCCCAGCUUAUGUCAUCGCCCUCAGAGGAGUGAUGCUUACGCCGGCCACUUCUGCAUGCGAUUCCAAGCUAGUUGCGAUGUGUGUCUCGAAUAUGCUCCACAGGGGCUCCCGCUUCAAGUCUGCUUUAGGAGUGGUGGAGCAUCUCUUGCAUUCGGUCCGGGCACCUAAUGUGUGGUUGGCAGGGUAUGCUCUCGGUGCUGCCAUCUUGGUACUCGUGGGUAAGAAGAUGGCCAGGAAGAAUUUUGCUCUCAAGACAUACCUAUUCAAUCCACCGUUCAUGACCGUGCCGCUGGGACGUAUCAAGUACCGCAACUUAAGAGACAAAUUAAUGACCCUAGCCAGGUUACUUAAAGCUGCAACUGCCGGCGCUCUGAACCCUCCCAAAAAUGAGCCUCUAGUACAUGACAAGUUUGAAGUCUUAGCUUGUUGGGAACCCAACCUGUUUGUGAAUCCUGAAGAUGAUCUCUGUUCGGGUUACAUAGGUUACUUUGAGCUUCGAACACUGAUGGAAUUGAUCGGAGCAGGGAAAGUAGAGAUGAUCGCAAUGCAAAAUUCACUGAUUAACCUGGCCAGGAGGGAUUCGGAUGCAGAAUCAAUUGACACCCUCCCUACAGCCUGUCUCACUACCAAUCUGUGUCCAUCUCCAGAUUUUAAACUGGCGCAUGGCAUUGAGCAGUGGUGGGAUAAUCGUACUCAAUGUCGGUCCGUGCUGCAUAGGUUCUUGCCAAAGGAAAGGAAGUUUGAGAUGAUCGAAAUGCCUCCAAGACACACUCAGCAAGGGCGUGGACGGAAAGUUGUUGCGAAACUGUGA